AUGGGUGCCUGUAUGAGUUCCAAUAAUGAGGAGGUGGAGCAGAAGAAGAAGAGUCAGGCCAUCGACAGGCAAUUGGAGGAAGACUCCAAGAGGUUACGGCGAGAAUGCAAGAUUCUCCUCCUCGGCUCCGGUGAGAGUGGAAAGUCGACCAUCGUCAAACAGAUGAAGAUUAUCCACCUGAAGGGCUACUCCGAUGAUGAGCUCUUCAACUACCGACCGACCGUCUUCAAGAACUUGGUGGAAUGCGCGAAAGCAGUUAUUCAGGCGAUGCGACAGUUCGACAUCGAACCCGUCAUCGAGGAAAACAAGGCCUAUGCCACUUUUCUGAUGGAAUACACUGCCGAGUCCGGGCCAACAGCUCACAUUGACCCUCAAAUCGGCAUCGCCAUUCAGUCAAUAUGGAGCGAUCCGGCGAGGGAACAGCUGAUGGAGAGGCAAACCGAGUUCUACCUGAUGGAUUCUGCAGAAUAUUUCUUCGAAGAGGUCAUGCGCAUCGUCUCAGACGAUUAUCUACCAACCGAGAUGGACGUCCUCCGAGCGAGAACGAAGACAACCGGUAUUUACGAGACAAGAUUUCAAAUGGGCCAGCUUAGCAUACAUAUGUUCGAUGUUGGUGGUCAACGAAGUGAAAGAAAGAAGUGGAUUCACUGCUUCGAGAAUGUCACAUCAAUCAUCUUUUGCGUUGCGUUGAGCGAGUACGACCAAGUUUUGCUCGAGGAGAGCAGUCAAAACCGAAUGAUGGAAAGUCUGCUCCUCUUCGACUCCGUUGUCAAUUCGAGGUGGUUCAUGCGAACCAGUAUUAUUUUGUUCCUGAACAAGGUGGACAUUUUCAAGCAGAAGCUUGGGCGGUCACCGUUGGGCAACUAUUUCCCUGACUACUCAGGCGGCAACGACGUCAACAAGGCGGCCAAGUAUCUGCUCUGGCGCUUCAAUCAAGUGAACAGGGCACAUCUGAACCUCUAUCCCCACCUGACUCAAGCGACCGAUACAUCAAACAUCCGACUUGUCUUCGCGGCAGUCAAGGAGACGAUCCUCAACAACGCGCUUCGAGACUCGGGAAUCCUUUGA